GGUGAGAAGCCCCAUGUUCAGGACACACUUCUCUGUCCUAGGAAGCAGAAACUCUUAAAAAAGAAAUAUGGACUGUGUUAGAGGCUUAGUAUAUAUAGGUUGCCACAGUAAUUUAAAGCCCGAAGUGGGGCAUAGGCUCUGGGGUGGGAAUGCCACCCUGGUGAUGGAACUGACAGCUACCAUCCGGACCAGGAGCCCACAAAGACAAUAAAACAGAUUUUGUCAAAAUGAUACUCUUUACCAAGACGGGGUAAUUUAAAUGCUGGGGUUUGGCAAGAAUGAUGGCUUACAAACAUCUGAAGUGUUCCUAAUACAUGAUUUUGCAGUCAUCUUAAUGCAAAGAUUUUGACUAUGAGAGCCGUAUGCGGCUACUGCCAUCAGAGGAGAGUGAGUGUGUCUAAGCCGUUUCCAAAGCUUAUCGUAAGUUCCCACAGGAAGAGAUAUGAAUGGCACGAAAAUAUUACACUUCAAGCAGAGAGAUUUAGGAGGCAUGUGAACCACACCGAAGAGCUGCAAGUGGAAUAUUCAGUUGUCAAAAUAAUGCUGCGACGGCAGCCGCUGCGCUCCCUGCAUUAACAUGUCAGAGCCGGAGUGACAGCAGACGCUAGUGCUGUGUGCUCGGGGGGGCGAUGGCUUCCCAGACAUGGGCUAGAAGAAAGCCUUUCUAAUUUCGGUUGAUUGCUUUUCAAAUGCAGCUCGUUCAGAUCCUCUUCGUCGCACGAGCUCAUUAGGGAACAGCUAGAGGAGGAGGCAGCUGCCGCUGCAUGAGGUUAUGACGUCGCCUGGUCCUUUCUCAAACAGCAAAACCUCCUCUGUGCUGCCACGUCGUGGCCCUGGGGGUGGGACGGCAGUGGCCACUGGGAAGGUGGCUGGCCAGGAGCGUGUCCCCAGCACCGCAGCAGCAUUGUGCCGUGGGAGCCCACGGCCCCGAGAGGCACAGACCACUUAUCUGAAAGAAGAGCUGUGGGGAACAGCCUGCCCCUCCUGCACUCUUCCAACCCCCAGCAUGGCAUCGCCCAUGAGGAGCUUGCUCACUGACCCCGCCAGGUACCUCCAGUCUUUCCGCCUCUUCCUCGAGAAGUCGACUGAGCACCAGAGCAUGAGGGAGUUCAUAGAGAAGGAGCUGCUGACAUUGAUAGCGAGUAUUGGAAAUGGGAAGUCUACAAUCAAUAUUCUAAGUGUUGGUGGUGGAGCAGGUGAGAUUGACCUCCUGAUCCUCUCAAAAGUACAAGCCAGGUAUCCAGGGGUCACCAUCAACAACGAUGUGAUAGAGCCAAGUGCUGACCAAAUCUUCAAAUACAAAGAGCGUGUGGCUAAGACAUCAAACCUUGAGAACAUAAAGUUUACCUGGCAUGAGGAGACAGCUUAUGAAUAUGAAAGUCGAAUGAAUGCAGAAAAGAAGUCUAAAAAAUGGGACUUCAUUCACAUGAUCCAGAUGCUGUAUUAUGUGAAAGACAUCCCAGCGACUAUCCGGUAUUUCCACAGCCUCCUGGAAGCACAGGCAAAGCUCCUCAUUAUCCUGGUGUCAGGAUCCAGUGGCUGGGAAACACUGUGGAAGAAGUACGGGUCUUCCUUCCCUUUAAAUGAUCUGUGCACUUACAUUUCCUCUGCUGACAUCAGGAGAAUGCUGGAUUCAGCCGGGCUGAAGCACCAAUUCUAUGAGCUCCCAUCCCACAUGGACAUAACAAGCUGCUUUACUGAAGGGAACAAGGAUGGGGAGCUGUUGCUGGAUUUCCUCACAGAAACUCAUGAGUUUUCUAAAACUGCCCCUCCUGAGCUAAAGCGUCAGGUUAUAGAAGAGUUAAAAAAGCCUGAAUGCAGUGAAAAAAGAGAUGGGAAGGUGUUUUUUAAUAACAACCUGGGUGUAGUAGUGAUUGAGCCAUGAGUCAACCUCUUCUUGCUUCUUGAUCCAAAGCAAAUAGUCAGAUACAUGCUGUUAACAGCUGAAAUCGGUUUUUCAUAUUUUAUAAAUGGCUUAGUUUACUUCAGUACUGAUACAUAAUUUUUGGAGCCUGUUAAGAAAUCAUUUUUAAUAUCUGUUGUCAUAAGUGAGCUUUAAUACCCAAUUAAUUCUGCACUAAUCUAUGAAAGUGUAACUCACUAAGCAGUUAAUUGUGCUUUAUCGUAUGGAUGUCAUAUAAUCAGAUGUAACUUGCAUCACCCACUCAGGCACGGCAGAAACCUGACCAUUUCCAAAGAAAUAAUCAAGAAGUAUACAUGGUUUCAUCACCUUCUUUUAAAAACUCUCUACAGAACAAGUAAGCAAAUGACAACUUCUCAGUGCAGCUGGCAAGAGUGGAGGCUGAGGAGGACCAGCUCAAUGGCUGCUCAAUGGGAUUUCUUGAGCUUGCUGUGACUGUAAGUUCUCAUACCUCCAGUUACCAUGAAAGUUGCCUCAGACCUGCAUGUGCAUUGGUUGCCUGCUCCUGUCUCUGCAGCCAACUCCAUUUAACGGCACUGCUUCCCUCUCCCUGCAUUUUCACUUUACUUUUAUGAUGUUGCAUCUGCAGAGCUAUUUGCGGACCAGGUCCAUACUGUCACUGCAAGAGCAAAGCGACUGGAGAUGGUCAAGGCACAGCAGUGGUAACAACUGUACUGCAGAGCUGGAUUUCACUAACAAGCCCUGAUUCAAAGCUUUUGUUAGCCAUCGGCUGCUGCUGUCACAUAGGGCUUUCUGGUAUUAUUAGCUGAACACACAAACAUCCUGGUUGCAGCCUCUCACUAACCUGGCAGCAAGGACCAUGCACGGAACAUGUAAAAACAAACUCUGAUGCCAAACUGACAGGUUUCAGUGGGAUUUGUUUCAUUUUCAAUGUGGUCAUGUCAGGUAAAUCUGUUCUAUAUAUAGUAUAGGAUGGUCACCAAGAAGGUGCUUCACCUCCUUGGCUCCUUCUCCGUGUGGGGCUGUAUCUACUGUGGUAGCUGGUGCAUUUGUCUUGCUAAAUGAUUUGACAGUUUUAAGAAGUGUUACGCUCUCUAGAAGGCACUAUGCAUGGCAGGAUACAAUACAGUCACUUGAAUGACUGUAAUAGUCUGAAUACUCAGCUUAUUCAGUGAGACAGGUCUGAUUUCUGACAUUGAAAUAAUUUCAUUCAGUGUUGAAAUGGCUUAUUUUAGGUAAUGAUUUAGCUGCAAGAAAUUAUGUUUUAUUUUUGCAUAUACAUUUCUGAUACAAUAUAGAUUAUUAAAGGUUUGAAGUGAUUUACAAGAGAAUGUAUUAGGCUUUAAUAGCUGUUUAUAUUCAUUCUAGUGUGUAUUAUUUGAAACACAUACUUCUCUGAGUGAUCAAAUAUUAAUUCCAGUGUAUUUAAGAAUGUUUUAAUAAUAUUUCUCAGCUGUUGAACCGAACAAAAUCUAUUACCACUUUUACACUGUGCUACAUACAGAUUCCUGCAUUACAAGACCUCAGUAUAUCCAUAAGCUGCUACACUGACAUGCCAAAGCAAGGGAGAAAAUCUCCCUUUAGGACAGAUUGCUGCAUGUGCUUCUAAUGAGAAACAAAUUAAAGUUACAAUUCUUUUUAUAGCUCUUUUGUGCUGUCAGUGACCUCUUCUAAAUUGUUCAUCCGAAGGGGGUGACCGCUGAAUAUUGCCACAUCACCCUGUCAGGACUGACAUAUCUUUGGGAGCUACAGAAACGCCAGAACAAAAAAACCCAUCCCAAAUCCAACAACAAAACCCAGCAACAAGAUGCACUGCAGGUCCUGUUGUUCUCUGGUUUAGCAGAGGCAAAAAAUGCAAGAAAAAAGCUUUUUAGAGUUUUGGGAGGAACUUUGUUCAGACAAUUUGGGAGAGAGCAGGAAAGAUGAGGAACAGCAGAGAUGAUCUGGAGAGAAGAGAGGAGGAUAUCAUCACACACAAACAUAAAAAGGAGAUUCAGUGUGAAUGUAUGUGAGAGCUCCUUCCCCUCUUUAAUCAGAAAGGGAGAGGCUGGAGAGAGGGUGCAUGGCAUUGCACGGGGUCUGCUUUAAAUACAGAAUUCACUGGAGGAAAAGGCACUUUCACCCCAGUCUGGAGAAGAAAACUCCUUAUCUAAAACCACAUAUGCCAGAGCAGUCCUCUGCCACUGGUUUUGCUUCUGAGGAGAAUUUCAUUUAAAAAAGGGGGAAAAAAAUUACAGUAAACUCCAUUCUAUAUAUGCAGUUGCUUCUGUUAAAGGGCUGGGGGAAAAGUGAAUUAGAACAGCGCCCUUAAGGGAUAAAUUAUUUUAAAUUUUAAAUUCAGAACACACAUAUUUCCAAGAAGAAAGUACUGUAAGUAUUAUUUAGUAGGAAAUGAGUGUGGGGAAGCACAUUUUUAUGCUCAUUUGACCAUAAAAACUGAAGGAGUUUUUGUAAAUCUCUCAAACAACUUCCUAAUAGACUGCAGAACCACAUUUCCAUGCAAGAAUCACCCUUAAUUGUACAGCGAGAUACUGCUAUUCGAGAGCACGUUUGGGGAGUCCAGACUGUUCCUUGACUGGGAUUUCUACAGCAAUUUUGAGCUUACCUCUGUGAUUUCGGCACC